AGGGAGGAGGGGGAGCAAAACUUGGAGGUCUAGGUUCAAUAUUAGGAUCCAUCCAGAAUGAUCAAAGAGCUCCGACUCCGGCAGAGGCUGAAGCCAAACGAAAGAGACGGGAGGCUGAAGAAGAACGGAAGGCAGAAGAGAAGGCUCAACGCGAACAAUAUAUUCUUUGGGUCCAAAAUACCCUUCAAUCGUUCCAAGAAGGGGAGAAAGAGUAUCACGAAUUUCCUCCAUCAGAUUAUAUUCAUCGCGUCAUCGUAAAAGAUGAAGCAGAGUGCAUGGGGCUGGUGUCUUUCUCGCAUGGUGAAAAGGAGGAGGACAAGAGGGUCUACGUUUUCAAACCCGAAAGAGCUCCC